GAUGUUUAACUGAUAAAUUCAUUUGGAAAUUGAACUACAAUUAAAUACGUUUUUCAAUCGCAAACGAAUCGGGGAACUGAGUGGCGCGCGCUCGGUUAUUCCCAAACGUCUAAAUGACUGAAGCCCCUUUGUGACGCGGUGAAUAAAGAACGUUGUUUACGUUCCUUCCGUACUGCUGACACAGGUCUACAAACACGCUCCCCAAAAGUUUUUGCGGAGUUCCAACAUCGUUCUUGUGGAGUUCCAGCAGGUGUCAUCGGGGAUGGUGAUCAGGACAGACAUGUGAAGGGCGUGCUCAAAGUUGAAGCAGCCUCCUGUCCUCCACCGUCCUCAUGGCUGACGAGAUCAGGAGAAUAGCUGCUCUGCUAGAUCAGCCUCUGAGUGAGAGAGACCAAGAGCUCAUCACUUACGUCAAGCACAAGUUUGCCACCGACUUCAAAAAAGACCACAGUUACUUCUCUGAGAAGGUUGUUACCCGCAGUGACACAAAGUAUGGCCUCAUACAAAAUGGCCAGGCCAGGAAGAACUAUUACAGGAGACAGGAGCUGCUCAGUAAAGGCUUUUUCUCCCCUGUCAACACACCGUACAAAACAGUGGGAAUGCUUUACUCUGACAACGUUGAUCUCUUCUCAACCUGGCUCACAUCAGAGGACCAAACGUCACUGAAGACACAGUGGGAAAAGAAGUUUGGAAAAAAGACAGUGAUCUCCAGCAAAUUCACUCAGGAGAAGACUAAAAAGGAGGAGAACGUCAGAGCCCCUCCAGUGGAGAACCUGAAUGGUUUCGUCCAGCUGAAACAGUACAUGAGUGAGAUGGUCUCCAUCCGACGUGCUCUCCACUCUGGACGGCCCCUCAUUUCUUGCCUCAGGGACCAGGAUAAACCGUUACUGCUAAUGAAGAAACAUGUGUCUCCCAAGACACCAUGUGACCGAGCCCUAUCAGCUGAUAAAGAGACUAUACCACCACUGUCCAUGUCCAUGAACCAACAGGCACUGGACCCAGAGGAAGAGAAGAACUUACAGAGGAUACAGUACAGGAAGCAGAAGCUGUUCUCAGAGAAACUCCAGUGGAUUUAUAUGGUCCUAUGUGGCAUCUCUCACAUGCGAAACAGAGACUUGAAGACACUGGUUCCUCUCAACAGCAGCUAUGUGAACAUCAUCAUGAAGGACACCGAGAAGACCAACAUCCUGUUGAAGCAGUCGCACAGCUACAACCCGCCGUUGAAUUACACCAGGCAGCUGGUGUCCCUGGCCACCGAGGACUGUCACAGCAUCAGCCGUGACGUGUGGGACACCUUUAUCAGCCACCAGGACACCACAGAGCCCUUGAAGUUAACCACCAUCCGAACCACAGGAUAUAAAGCUCUGCUGUCGGGGCCCAGGCGCAAGGUUGGCCAGAGAGAGCCAGACGGAGAUGGAUACAUGCCCCCAUGGCUGCUACUGCUGCUGGAUGAGAACACGUCCCUAGAGAAAACAGUCAAGCCUGGUGUAGACCAGUCAGGCAUGCUGGAGAGAGCCAAGGCCCACUACCAGGAUGUGAAGAAGGUCCUGAACAUCCCGAUGGAGUCGGUCGUAUUUCAAAAGAGAAAGAACCGAGAGGAGAGGAUUAGAACUCUUUUCAAUGCUCUAAUGGCCUCAAAGUCCGACGCUGGUCUGUCCUCACUUCUUAUCUCUCUGAAGAGUGAGCUGAAGCCCAAAUCCACCACUGGUCUCUGGUUUGCGACCCUGCAGAGUGAUGCCACAGAAUUGUCCGGAGACACGGACUCCAAAUACAACACUAUACUGCAGAAGAUCUCAGAGUUUCAAAGCUUCUCCAACAAAAAGCUCCCCUACUCCAAGGAGAAGUUCUGUCUCCUGGUCCUCUCCAUGUCACCCAAUCAGCUGCUUCGACCGGCCAUGCAGGAAGCACUGCUCUUCCUCACGGAGAACGUGCUGCUGUUGUUGCCACGGCAUCUCAAACAGUGGUACCAGUACCUGAAGCUCCCCUUCCCCACCACGGCAACCGCCUCCUAAAAAAAAAAAUGGGAUCCGCCUAGUCUGAAAUGGUUCCUUAUCCUCAACAUAGCCACGUAUAUUGGGGAAUAUAGUCAUUUCAGACAGCCCUGGGUUCUUGGUGGGAUAGCCAAUGUUGGGGUCUCAGGUAAAGACCAUCUGUUCACUGGUUGAGCCAUUAAAACAUGUUAAAAAAUA